AUGGCAUUAGAGUCAACAGUGUCCGCGACGCCAUCUGCCACUAGCAAUAGCGGCAUCGUGUCCACGAGCUCGAGCACAACCGUUUCCAAGCAUCAAGACGUCAAUGUGAACCACAAGCAUGGCGAUUUCCGCAUGCAGGUUCUCUUGAAAUACAUCAAGAGAGCCUCCGAUUAUGCCGCCGAACAUGUCGACAUUGACAAGGUCAUUCGGGAGCACGACGAAGUCGUCCGUAAAGACGGAAUCAGAAAACAACGCCUUCGCGAGAGAGACGAACAGAUCAAACAACUGGAGACGAUACACAACAAGAGCCUGGACGAACACGAACAGCGACACGAGAAAUGGUGCCGUGAAAGAGAUGAUCUGAUGGAAAAGGCUAGAAGAGAAAAAGAGGUGAUCCUCAAUGACCAUGUCUCUGAACUGGCCCAAGUGCAAGCUGAAUUAGGUCAUUGGAAAAGCCAGUCAGCUUCUCUUGCCAAAGAGGUGCAAACCGGAAAGCGGGAGAUCCAGCUUACAGAAGCAAAGCUCAACCUCACGACUCAGAAACUGGACCAGUGGGAACAGUACACAUCCCAUACUAAGCCUUUGAAUCAAGUGGAAGCGCGUUCGAAGAUUGACGAGUUCUUCAAAACCUUCUGUUAUACCAUCCCCGCUCACUUCUCGGAAGAUCUCCAGCCGGACGUUCUAACGAUGCAUGAAGCUUGGACCAGUGGUAUCAAACGACUACAAAUAGAGGAUGUACCCUUUCAAGUCACACAUGCGAAUACCGAGCUGGCCAAAAAGCUGCGUGUAGCGUUAGCCAUGCACACCGUCUCCGACGAGCUGACAAAACGAGUCUUUCAACCGUGGUUCAUACCCGACCCGACGGGAUUCGGCUGUGGUUCGAGAUUUCAAGAGACAAUGAGAAGUCAUUUCGUAGCCGAGCCAAAGAAGGGACAGCUAGUGCGGGCGCUGUGGUCGUCAACACAAUCUCGGUCAGAGGUAGCUGAAGUCAUUCAACAGCGAAGCCUCGCUGCCCGGGAAGCAGUCAUCGGCAAGUUAUCCUUCAUGUUCAAUGACAAUGGCGCCGUCGACCUCCGCAAUAUCCUUGCCAACAUUUUCUCGGAGGCAGCAAAGGUAUGGGAGGAACUUCAGUAUUGCGAUGACGACGUGCAAAUCGUCACCUGUGACGACGCGAACGCCUCAGAUUUGACAUGGUUCUACUUGGAGGACUUUGGCCUGCCUCGCGAACACUCAGACAAGAGACGACUCCUUCUCUUUCCGGGAUUCUAUCUCCCAGAUCACCAGUCCAUGCUGUACGAGGGCUAUGCCCUUUUCACCGAUCAGGAGCUCGUGAUCGAAGCAAUGAAGGAGGCUCGCCGCUUGAGUCAGGCGUCGAGAGCAGGGGCGCGGCCAAGCCGGACUUUGGGCGGGUUGUCUCGAGCCACGAAGCGCUUUUCUCUCUCGUCGGGCAUGCCCUUGAGUCCUCCAGUCUCGCCAACGUCGACUUCGCAGAAGUUGAGGUCUGUCGACAUCAACGACGUCGACACGGCGGCGACCCCGCGAGGGCUGGGCCUAAAGAUUGGGGGCGUUGCAAGCCAGAACGGCAGCGAGGUAUAG